AUGUUCCAGACUGACCCUUCUUUAGUUUUUACUCAGCUCACUGAAAUUUUCCUUUUUUCACUCAAUUUCUUGAAUUCUAAAGUCUAAACACAUUUUUUCUCCUCAAAUCUAUCCCCGUUUAAAAAAAUCAAAACCUUUUCUGGUGAAAUCGGUAUCUGGAGCAAUGAGAGGAACUUUAAAAAAAAAAAUUAACUCAAUGAAGUGGGUGAGAGAAUUUUUUAGAGGUAUGGUGUAAGCGUUGAAGGGUUGUUGGGAGAAAAAGGGGUCUAAUAUCAGUGUCAGCUUAAAAGCUGGGUUCUUUGUUGUUCACUCCAUCUGUCAAAUUAUGAGUAUAUAAGUCACUUCUCCUCAUUUUUUGAACCUGUCUUCUUUUUUGUUUGUCAUUUGUUGUAUCUUAGUGGAAAAACUGCCAGUUCAGUUAACGUACUUUGCCUGAUAUUUUCGCUUCUUUUUACUAUUACAAUCCAAGAUCAUUCACUGAUAUCAGGCUCUACUUUUAAGGAUCACUGUUCUGUGUUCCUCUGUUUCUUUUAAACCAGCUUUUGUUCCUUGUUUACUUGUAAAACCCCGUAUCUCAGUGUCAAGCUGAACCUCAUCUUCAAGAGGUUACUUGGAAAUUGAGGACUUGAUUCAUUGGUUAAAACAUGAAGGGAGCAGCACUAGUGGCUAUUGCUGCUUGCAUUGGUAACUUCUUGCAAGGAUGGGAUAAUGCUACCAUUGCUGGUGCUAUCAUUUACGUCAAUAAAGACCUCAAGUUGCAAGCAAGUGUGGAAGGUCUUGUUGUGGCCAUGUCACUUAUUGGAGCAGCUGCUAUCACAACAUGCUCAGGACCCAUAUCGGAUUGGCUCGGUCGGCGUCCAAUGCUAAUAAUCUCAUCCAUUCUCUACUUUGUCAGUGGUUUGGUAAUGUUUUGGUCGCCCAAUGUUUACGUCCUGUGCAUAGGAAGACUGUUAGAUGGAUUUGGCAUUGGUUUAGCAGUUACUCUUGUUCCAGUCUAUAUAUCUGAGACUGCCCCAUCAGAUAUAAGGGGAAUGUUAAAUACUCUACCUCAGUUUGCUGGUUCAGGUGGCAUGUUUCUGUCAUACUGUAUGAUUUUUGGGAUGUCAUUGACAGCUUCACCUAGUUGGAGGUUGAUGCUUGGAAUACUUUCCAUUCCUUCUUUACUAUAUUUUGCACUCACAGUGUUUUACUUGCCUGAAUCUCCUCGAUGGCUUGUGAGUAAAGGAAAGAUGCUUGAGGCAAAGCGGGUUCUCCAGAGAUUGCGUGGCAGGGAAGAUGUUUCAGGCGAGAUGGCUUUACUGGCUGAAGGUCUUGGUAUCGGGGGUGAAACAUCCAUAGAAGAGUACAUAAUAGGCCCUGCUGAUGAACUCGCUAAUGGUCAAGAACCCACUGUUGAUAAAGACAAAAUCAAGUUAUAUGGACCUGAAGAAGGCCUUUCCUGGGUUGCUAAACCCGUUACUGGACAGAGUUCUCUUGCUCUUGCAUCACGCCAUGGAAGCAUGGUGAGCCAAGGCGUGCCUCUUAUGGACCCUCUUGUGACUCUUUUUGGUAGUGUUCAUGAAAAGCUCCCUGAGACAGGAAGCAUGCGAAGCAUGCUUUUCCCUAAUUUUGGCAGCAUGUUUAGUACAGCAGAACCUCACUUUAGGACUGAGCAAUGGGAUGAAGAGAGUGUACAAAGAGAAGGUGAGGGCUACACAUCAGAGGCUGGUGGUGGGGAUUCCGAUGACAAUUUGCAGAGUCCACUAAUCUCACGCCAGACAACAAGCAUGGAAAAGGAUAUGGCCCACCCAACUUCCCAUGGCAGUGUUCUGAGCAUGAGACGGCAUAGCAGUCUAAUGCAAGGAGUUGGGGAUGCAGUUGACGGUACUGGCAUUGGUGGGGGUUGGCAGUUGGCAUGGAAAUGGUCUGAGAGGGAAGGUGAGGAUGGAAAGAAGGAAGGGGGAUUUAAAAGGAUUUAUCUGCACCAAGGAGGAGUUCCUGGAUCCCGACGCGGGUCUCUUGUUUCGCUUCCUGGUGGUGAUGUUCCUGAAGAAGGUGAGUACAUCCAGGCUGCUGCUCUGGUAAGCCAGCCUGCUCUUUAUUCAAAGGAGCUUAUGGACCAGCAUCCAGUUGGACCCGCAAUGGUUCACCCAUCUCAAACAGCUACAAAAGCUCCAAUUUGGACCGCUCUGCUUGAACCUGGAGUUAAGCAUGCAUUGUUUGUUGGGAUUGGAAUUCAAUUACUUCAGCAGUUUGCUGGCAUAAAUGGGGUUCUAUACUACACCCCUCAAAUUCUUGAAAAGGCAGGUGUUUCGGUUCUUCUUGCUAACCUGGGCCUCAGCACUACCUCUGCGUCAUUCCUUAUAAGCGCAUUUACAAACUUUCUUAUGCUUCCAUGCAUAGGUGUAGCGAUGAGGCUCAUGGAUAUCGCGGGGAGAAGGACGCUCCUACUUACCACAAUUCCUGUGCUGAUACUUUCCCUCAUCGUCUUAAUUAUUUUUGAACUAGUGACUGUGAGCUCAGUCGUCAACGCUGCAAUUUUAACUGCUUGUGUUAUCAUAUUCAUCUGCUGUUUUGUGUCUGCUUAUGGACCAAUUCCUAAUAUCCUCUGCUCAGAGAUCUUCCCCACAAGAGUCCGAGGCCUCUGCAUUGCCAUUUGUGCCAUGGUUUACUGGAUUGGAGACAUCAUUGUCACCUACACACUGCCUGUGAUGCUUAGCUCGAUUGGCCUAGUCGGUAUCUUUGGCAUUUAUGCUGUUGUGUGCGCAAUCUCUUGGAUCUUUGUUUUCUUGAAGGUCCCUGAGACCAAAGGAAUGCCUCUUGAAGUCAUUACAGAGUUCUUUGCGGUUGGCGCCAAACAAGCUGCUGCCAAGAAGGAAUGAUUCAGAAAACUUGAAGCAUUUGCUGAUUGUUUUUAUUAGGAUUUAAUUAGUUUGCAUUCAUUUUUUAGGUUUAAAAAGGAAAGGCCCCCAGCUGUGCGAUGUCUUGCAUGAAAGAAAUAUUGAGAUUGGAAUGUUUAAAUACUAGAACUUGCAAAUGAAUAAUCCGGCAUUUAAAUUAAUCAAUGAGAUCUUCUAAUUGAUGGCAA